AGCAGCCCGGCGGAUGUUUUAACGACUCUCUCCACAGAUUCCAUGACGGAUACACUCAGAUUAAAACCCUGGAUAUUGCUCAUCGCCAUUAAAGACUCACGGACUGAGGCCAACACCUCAAAUCCAGCUGUCACUUCUUAGUCUCUGCCUUACAGCUCCAUCCAUCCAUCUCUUCUCCACUCUUUGCAUCUCUACUCUCUGUUCCCACCAGUCUCUUUCUUCCAUCUCUCUUUCCACCCCCACCCCCCUCCCGACCCUCAGCCUCCCUGAUGCCUAAGAACAGCAAGGUGACCCAGCUACAGCAGAGCAAUGAGCUCGUCACUGAGUCGGUGGCCGACCUGCUCGCCCACGAGGAGCCGCUGGACUACCAGAACAGCUCCCUGAACGUCGGAGGGGCCGCUGGGAAGAAGCCCCCACAGCUUGAGGUGCCCGAGAACGAUGGGCGCCCCGCCUGGAACAGCAAGCUCCAGUACAUCUUGGCCCAGGUGGGCUUCUCUGUGGGACUGGGCAACGUGUGGCGCUUCCCUUACCUGUGCCAAAAGAAUGGAGGAGGUGCCUACCUGGUUCCCUACUUUAUCCUCCUCCUCCUCAUCGGCAUCCCGCUCUUCUUCUUGGAGCUGGCGGUGGGUCAGAAGAUACGCCGCGGGAGCAUUGGUGUGUGGAACUACGUCUGUCCCAGUCUGGGCGGAAUAGGGAUGUCAAGUCUAAUGGUGUGUGGCUUUGUGGGUCUCUACUAUAACGUGAUCAUUGGCUGGAGCAUCUUCUACUUCUUCCAGUCCUUCCAGUAUCCUCUGCCAUGGAGCGAGUGUCCAAUCAGAAGGAACGGCACACUUGCCAUUGUGGAGCCCGAGUGCGACAAAAGUUCCGCCACGACGUAUUUCUGGUACCGACAAACCCUGAACACGACCAGCACGAUCGCGGAGAGCGGCGGCCUCAACGUCAAAAUGACCCUGUCUCUGUUUGUGGCCUGGAUCAUCGUCUGCCUCGCCGUCAUUAAAGGAAUCGCCUCCUCUGGGAAGGUGAUGUACUUCAGCUCUCUUUUCCCCUACGUGGUGCUCCUUUGUUUCCUGGUCAGGGGGUUAAUGCUGAAGGGAUCGGUGGAUGGUAUCGCUCACAUGUUUACUCCCAAGCUGGAGAAGAUGUUGGAGCCCCAGGUUUGGAGGGAAGCAGCCACCCAGGUGUUUUUCGCCCUGGGUCUGGGCUUUGGAGGAGUGAUAGCUUUCUCCAGUUACAAUAAGAUAGACAACAACUGUCAUUUUGACGCCGUGCUCGUCUCGGUGAUCAACUUCUUGACCUCCAUUCUAGCCACACUGGUGGUGUUUGCUGUGCUGGGCUUCAAGGCGAACAUCAUGAACGAAAAGUGUAUCGCAGAGAAUUCUGAGAAGAUCCUGGGGUUCCUCAACUCCAACGUCCUGAGUCACGACCUCAUCCCUCCACACAUGAACUUCUCCCAGCUCAGCACAUCAGACUAUGCUGAGAUAUACGGAGUCAUCAAGACGGUCAAAGAGGACGGCUUCGCCCAGCUGGGUCUGGAGCCGUGUCUCCUUGAGGACGAGCUCAACAAGUCUGUCCAGGGCACCGGCCUGGCUUUCAUCGCCUUCACAGAGGCCAUGACUCAUUUCCCAGCAUCUCCAUUCUGGUCGGUCAUGUUCUUCUUCAUGCUCAUUAACCUCGGCCUGGGCAGCAUGAUCGGCACCAUGACUGGCAUCACUACACCCGUUCUCGACUCCUACAAGGUCCAGAAGGAGCUUUUCACAGUGUGUUGCUGCGUUGUGGCCUUCCUGUGUGGCCUGCUGUUCGUUCAGCGCUCAGGGAAUUACUUUGUCACCAUGUUCGAUGAUUAUUCUGCUGGUCUGCCUCUGACUGUCGUUGUCAUCCUUGAAAAUGUGUCUGUCGCUUGGAUUUAUGGUACUAAAAGGUUCAUGCAGGACCUGGAGGACAUGUUGGGAUUCCGACCGUGCAUUAUCUACUUCUACCUGUGGAAAUACGUCUCCCCAUUCUGCCUCAUCGUUCUCAUCUCAGCCACUGUCAUAGAGAUGGCAAUCAGCCCACCAGGAUACAACGCCUGGGUCGAAGAGCUGGCUCAAGAACGUUUCGAGAGUUACCCUCCCUGGGCACUUGCCAUGUGCUUCUCUCUGAUCGUAGUGGCCAUGCUCCCUGUCCCCGUCGUCUUCAUCGCUCGUCACUUUAACCUGAUGUCCGAUGGCUCCAACAAGCUGUCCGUCUCCUACCGUAAAACCAUGAUGAAGGACAUCUCUAACCUGGAGGAGCAGGAUGAGGCCAGAUCCAUCCUCGGAGCCAAACCCGGCGAGGCACCGUCAUCAGCCCCUGCACACAAAGCAUACCUCACUCCUGGAGAGAUCAAACCCCUGGACCCGAACUCCUUGUCUCCAAACAUCAGCUACGGCACAAGCUACCAAAACGCUGCCAUCAGUCCCACCACGCCAACAACACCUGACACGCCUGUCACACCUGUCACAAUUGUCACGCCUGUCACGCCAGAGUCUGACUCUUGAUUGCCGUCCAAACAUCCAGUCCUGUAGCACAGUUUACCUUUCAACCCCAAAUUCUCCACCAGGGAUCACUGCAGCUCCGAGAGUCCCCACCAAUGCCCUGCUCAAGCCACGAAACUGUAGUCGCCUAAUUUAUCUGAGCCCACAUGUCCCAAAAACCAAAAAUUGAGGUAGGCAGUGUGGAGAUAUAUGUCAAAAGACCAAAUUCACUCUUAACAGUGAGACACUGAAUACACCUCUAUUCUGUUCUGUAUUUGAAAUCACGGUAUUUAUGUGCUUGAGCUGAAGGUCUGUGAUCUGCUUUUCUUUGCCUUAGUAUAAGGACCCUCAGCAGACCUAGCCCCCCUCACAGUAUAAUGCACUCCCUUGUGCAGGGGAUCUGGAAGAACGAAUGUAGGGGAGCUGGUGUGGUGAACAGGGUUUCACUGCAGCACGGUGGCACUGAGAGGCCAAAAUGAAUGUGCAUAUAAAGUUUAAUGUUGUAGAGAUACUGUUCGCCAAGCCAUACAGCUAAACACAGAUAAUGUUAUUUUCUAUAAAUGAAUAUGCAGUGAUUUUUCCUUUGUCUACAUUGAGCUCUGUUUGGCUGCUCUGAAAUACAGAACACGUCAUGUUGAUUUGUCUCCACAGAUCAAACUGCAGUGACAAAAUGACGACCUCCUGCUCUGUUUUGUUUGUAGCCAUUAGUGUUCUUGUUCAUUCUGUAAACAACAGUGUACAGUAUAUUAUUAUAAUAUAGGAUAAUAUAGUUUUUAUUUUGUGGAGGAGAUCAAAGCCACCGUCGGUCUCAUUGUGCAUCACACAAACACACACACAUCACAUGUCACACACACACAUACAUAUAUAUACAUAUAUAUGUAUGUGUGUGAUGUGUGUGUCUGUGUAGGGAAUCGAUCAUUUCAGUUUGUCCGCCAAAGAGUAAAGAGCAAGAAGUACAUAAUAAAAAUACUUGAAGUUCCACUGACAGGAAGCACAGCUUAGUUUUGCGUCUUUUCUGACAAAAUGACUACAAUGCUACAAAAGCACAAAAAAGAUUUUACACAAUUAUAAUGCACAAGCGAAUUGACCUAUUAUUAAAAAAAUGUAUUCACAUUCUUUAAAUAGGUCAGGCACAUUGAUGAAGCAAUAUAUACCACAAACUAGAAUGCACAAACUAAAUUCUUCAUGGAGCAAAAACAAAGCAAACACGUUGAACAAAAAUCUGCAAUGGACUAAAAUAUAUAUGAAGUUAUGGGACAAAUAUUCAAAUUAAAUCAGUUGAAUUAAUAUUAAACUCUGAUAUUUUGAUAGUUUGAACUUCUCUAUGCCUUAGACUCCUCACAUAUUCAGGAACGUACACAGGCAAACAAUAAAUACAUGAAGAUAACUCAAAUGUGCAUAUUUUCUGUAUAUUUGUGAUAUAUUACUGGCGAGCAGCACCAGGUUUCCUCUUUGACUCCUGACACAGUCUGAACUGGUUUGGACAGUC